AUGUCUAGUCGAAAAGGAAUAGCUGAGGAUGAAUGUUACCGAAUUUUAUUUGAAGAAAUACCUUCUGGUGACAGCAGUGUUGACAGUGAUGGCAGUGAUGGAAAUGACCCCAACUUCACGACAAGCUGUGCAAGUUCUAGUCUUGUGUGCAGUCGUGUGUUGAGCAGUAGUGAUUCUCGGGAUGACAGUGAAUUUGAUGACAUCAGUGAAAAUAAUAAUUUACCAUCUACUGUUCCAUCAACAGUCACGCUAAACUGGAGCCAAGAAACAAGUGUUGACCAAGUGCCAUUAUUUAUUGGAGAAGGUGAUGUGAUCACAAAAAUAAAGAACAAAGUGAACCUAAAGCCAAUUGACUUGUUAUGUGAAUUUUUCGAUGAAACACUAAUAAAACACAUAGUGUUCCAAAAUAAUUUGUAUGCUACACAGAAAGGCAAAACUUUCAUGCCCACCAAGGAAGUUGAAAUUAAGACUUUUAUUGGAAUAAAUAUGGGUAUCACUAAAAAGCCUAGCUACAGAGAUUACUGGAGCACUGAUCCAGAUCUUGGUGAAAGUUACAUAUCAAAGCUGUUCCCAGUAAAACGGUUUAGUUGGCUACUGAGUAACUGGCACCUCAAUGAUAAUUCGGUUGCUCCUGACAGAAACAAUCAGAAUUAUGAUAAACUGUACAAACUACGUCCAUUUCUAGACCAUGUGAACAGGAAAUUCCAGGAUUGCUAUAAACCACAUCAAAAACUUGCUAUUGAUGAAGCAUUGGUUAAAUUCAAACAAUAUGUGAGGCACAAACCUAUAAAAAGAGGGUACAAAGCAUGGAUAUUACAUGAUCAGUCAUCAUAG